GCCGAGAAUGCCUGCAUUGCACACCUACGUCUCUCUUGAAGCCUCUAUAAAAAGGGAGGGUUAGCAUGGCAAUGGAAACCAUAAGUCCCUCGAAGCAUAUACACAUUACCAACUAGCUUGAUGGCUAUUCCUACUGGCUUGCUUUUAUUAGGAAUGCUCUUCCUAAUGUUCUCGUUUGCUUCUGCUCAGAUAGAGAUGCCAAGAGGUAUCACUGAGGACUUUGAUACGACUUGUAUCACUGAUCUUAAAUUCGGGUUAUCUCGUAAAUCCUUUCCGGGGGAUUUCAUAUUCGGGGCAGCGGCAUCCGCUUACCAGACCGAGGGUCAUGCAAACAAAAGUUGCAGAGGUCCGAGUAUAUGGGACACUUUUACUCAAGAUUUCCCAGAAAGGAUAGCUGAUGGCUGCAACGGAGACUUGGGAAUUGAUUUGUACAAUCGCUACGAGAGUGAUCUUGAAGAAAUGAAGGAUAUGAAUAUGGAUGCUUUCAGAUUCUCGAUCUCCUGGUCCAGAGUAAUUCCCAGUGGGAAAAUAAGGGCAGGAGUGAACAAAGAUGGAAUUGAGUUUUACAACAAGCUAAUCGAUGCAACCAUAGCUAAAGGUUUACAGCCCUAUGCAACUCUCUUUCAUUGGGAUGUUCCUCAAGCACUUGAAGACAAGUACGGUGGCUUUCUCAGUGAUAAUAUUGUGAGUGACUUCCGAGAUUUUGCUGAGCUUUGCUUCAAGGAAUUUGGUGACCGAGUGAAGUACUGGAUUACUUUGAAUGAGCCACAAAAGUUCACCGGUGAUGGCUACGAUUCAGGUCACUUUGCACCAGGCCGAUGUUCCAAGUGGGUGGAUGAAAAGUACUGCAUAAAUGGGAACUCUUCCACCGAGCCUUACAUAGUUGCCCAUAAUCUCCUCCUUUCCCAUGCAGCAGCAGUACAUACAUACUGGGAAAAGUAUCAGGCAUCUCAAAAUGGGAAGAUUGGGGUAACACUCAAUGCCCGCUGGUUUGAACCGUACUCUAACAGUACAGAAGAUCGUAAUGCUGCCAAAAGAUCUCUUGAUUUCAUGCUUGGUUGGUUCCUGAACCCUAUAACAUAUGGUGACUAUCCGAGCAGCAUGCGGGAAUUAGUCAAUGAUAGGCUACCAACAUUCUCUCCACUGGAUUCUAUAAAUCUCAAAGGAUCGUUGGACUUUGUUGGAUUGAAUUACUAUACUGCAUAUUAUGCAGCAAAUGCGAAUUCUUCUAGUCCAGACCCUCGUAGAUAUCAAACAGAUUCUAAUUGCAUUAUUACAGGAGAACGAGAUGACAAACCCAUCGGUCCACAGGCUGGUGUAUCAUGGCAGUAUAUCUAUCCAGAGGGGUUGCAGUAUAUGUUGAAUCACAUCAAAGAUACAUACAAUAAUCCAGUAAUUUACAUCACUGAAAAUGGCUACGGUGAAGUCGUUAAGACAGAUGUAGAACUACAUGAUGGGACCGUGCUGGAUCUUCCAAGGGUAGAAUAUCAUUGUACUCAUCUUAGGAAUGUUGUAGCAUCUAUCAAAAAUCAUGGAGUUCAAGUCAAAGGUUAUUUUGUAUGGUCCUUUGCCGACAAUUUCGAAUUUACAGAUGGAUAUACCAUAGGAUUCGGUUUGUUGUACGUAAACCGUACGUCUAAUUUCACAAGAAUAGCGAAGCUCUCAUCACAUUGGUUUACAGAAUUCCUUGGGGACCAACCGGCUAAUCCAGUACCAUUAUAUUUCAAGCGAUUGAAUAUAGCUUGAUGGAAGAGAAAUUAAGUAUUUGGCCGCCAAUAUAAAUAAAUAAAUAAUCACUAGGAUAACUUUUAUCCAGUGAACUCGAUUCUAUGAAUUUUUCCUAAUUAAGUGUGUGAUGUAUUAUACUGUAUUGUUUCAAUAAAAACUUGGUUAUAUAUGUCACCAAGUUAAAUCUCAAUGUAAGAGCUCCAGCCUCGUGUUGUUCUAGUACUGAAAUGCUUUGUAUUUUAAUUUGAAAAGGCUGUGAAGUACUCUUACCGUACUAUUAUCUUAA